CACGUUUCCGUUGUGAAACUUUCUGGAUACAUUUUCGGAUCAACUUCAUCUUUUUCUGUUCGUGGUACCUGACCCCCCCCCCCCUCCUCAAAUCAGAACCGGGCCUUGAGCCAAUCAGCAUGAGCCCUUUCCGCUGGAUGGGCAACGUCACGAUCCGUCGGUCCAAUCCUUCCGCAGACUCUCCCCGCCUCCUCCACCCCCCCAAUUCUGCGCGUCCCUCCCUGAAAGUUUGGACCCGCAGCCCGGACUCGUCUUUAGGACCCGGCGCAGGCUGCAGGACGGAUCAGAACGCGGCCCGGACCGGAGCCGGACCUGGACCCGGUCUGUCAGCGGAGCCUUUCGGAACCUGCGGGGAUGUUCGGCCCGGAGCGCCGGCCGCGGUAGUGUCCCCCCCUCCCGUGAUGUUAGCUGUGGGUCCGAUGGACGGGUCCCGACAGAGCGCCUUCCUCCUCAGCAGCCCCCCCCUGGCCGCUCUGCACAGCAUGGCGGAGAUGAAGACCCCCCUGUACCCGGCCUACCCGCUGUCCUCCCCCGGACCCGCCUCCUCCACCUCCCCGGCCACCACCUCCCCGAACCCCGGCGGCAUGGCGGCGUCCUCCCCCAGCAUCAAGAGCUCCUCCUCGCUGUCGUCCGGCCUCGGCUCCCCCCAGCAGUGCUCCUCCGCCACCCCCCACGGCAUCAACGACAUCCUCAACCGGCCGUCCGCCGGUGGCGCCGCCGCCCCUGCGGCGGGGAUCCUGUCGGGACUGCCCCGGUUCAGCAGCCUCAGCCCUCCGCCCCCCCCCGGACUGUACUUCAGCCCUGGAGCGGCGGCGGUGGCGGUGGCCCGGUACCCAAAGCCGCUGGCGGAGUUGCCGGGCCGAACCCCGAUCUUCUGGCCGGGAGUCAUGCAGAGUCCGCACUGGCGGGACGCCCGGUUCGCGUGCUCCCCCCAUCAGAACUCGGUUCUGCUGGACAAGGACGGGAAGCGGAAGCACACGCGGCCCACCUUCUCGGGACAGCAGAUCUUCGCGCUGGAAAAGACGUUCGAGCAGACCAAGUACCUCGCGGGGCCCGAGCGCGCGCGCCUGGCGUACUCCCUGGGGAUGACGGAGAGCCAGGUGAAGGUGUGGUUCCAGAACCGGAGGACCAAGUGGCGGAAGAAGCACGCGGCGGAGAUGGCCUCGGCCAAGAAGAAGCAGGACUCUGAGACGGAGCGGCUGAAGGGCGCGUCCGAGCACGAGCACGAGCACGAGGACGAGGACGAGGACUACAACAAGCCUCUGGACCCGAACUCGGACGACGAGAAGAUCACGCAGCUGCUGAGGAAGCACAAACCGGGGCCCGCGCUGCACGCGCUCACGUCGGAGACAGACAGCUCGUGAGACGCGGGAGUUCUCACUCUUGUUUUUUCACUGACUCCACGGUCCGAACCCGGACCGGUUCCGACACCGAAGCCGCCACUUUCCUGUAAAUACGAACUCUGCGGUCCGUGAACGCAGCACGCCUCGGUUCUCGCGUGCGCGGAGGCACGCGCAGCUUCAUGUAAAGCACUUUUAUUUAAUAAAACCCCGAAGUUGAUUCUUUU